AUGAGGAAGACGACUAAAACGAAAGUGUUUCAGUUACUGUCACGAGUGUGGAAUGGACCAAAUGGUGCGCUUGCAGGGAAGCAGGCAGAACAAAAAAUGAUUUCUUUGUUACGGAACAAGUUUCCUAAAGCUCGUCUUAUAGAAGUAACAGACGUUUCUGGUGGCUGCGGUGCUAUGUUUGAAAUAAAUGUUAUUGCGCCGGAAUUCAAGGGUUUAAACACAGUUAAACAGCAUCGAAUUAUAAACGAGGUAGGAAUGGAGAUUACGACGGUACUUAAAGAAGAAAUCAAAGAUAUGCAUGGUAUACGAAUAUACACGAGUAUACCGGAUACAUAA